AUGGAUGUAUACUGUAUCCUCACGUUGCAGUAUACUCGAGGUCAUAUGCUAUACUAUGAGCUCUAUAACCUUACUACCGUCGACGCAUCCCUGGGGAUUCCUUACGAAGUGGAGAAGCGAGAAACUGAGAUGGAAUUUCGAGAGAAAGCCAUGGCGACUCGAAAUGAAAUGCUGUCUUUGGAUAUCGGAUACAACGUCGAAACUGACUGCCUUGUUCUCCUCCGUCUAUACCACGGAGCUGAGCACACUUGCGGGUGUGGCUUGUUCUCCUCCGUCCCAGGCCAGGCAGUGUGUGUCGUUAUUAGGCAUCGCAUGUUGUUAUUAGGCAUCGAAGGCGGCGUUUGGCCAUGGGGCGGCGAGCCGAAUGUGGUUGGGACACGGGUGCUUGUAUUCCGACACGGAUCGCUAAAAACCCUCUACCCUGAAGAAUUAUCCAUCCUCCGAACCAUAGGCUACACUUCCAACUCCCUCGUUUUUGCAGGGAAGCCAUCGACGUCCCAGUUGAUUGUCGCAAGUGAGGACGUUGAUGCACUUGACCGAGAUUGGCAUGGACGGUUCACCGAGAUGACCAGCUCUCAAGGGUAG